UGUUCGUAGAAAGAGUCAGAAUGAGAUUCGGGAGAGUUGCCACUUUCGGGCUCGGAAAGUCCUUCCCAAUACCAAUGAGCAAACUGAUCAUCCUCUACACGAUUUCCCGGACAUCACCGACAAGCACAUUAGUGUGAUAUUUGAGCGGCUAAACAAUCCAGGCUACAACGGCAAUCCGGUCAUCGCGCAAGAGUUGCAUCCACGGGUUCAAGAGUACUGUAAUGUUCACGGAUUUGCCCCCAUCUGCAUGCGAAAUAGCCAACAGACCGCAGCGUACACAGCUACGAGCAUCUUCACCAACCUUAAAGUCAACGUACAGGAGCAUUUUAUGCAAAUGUUUCUGCGCUAUGUCAAUGAAAGGCUUGGUGUGAAGCAAGUCGUACUGCAUCUUCGGAGAGCCGGAGUCAGCCGAGCGCAGCGGCGACACUAUUAUCGGCGUGUCAAUCGGUUUACAAAGUACGCGACGUUCAAAGAGUACCCAACCGAAGAGGAGUUUGCUGGCCUCACACGACUUGAGCGGAAUCUCCUUGACGAGUUAUGGGCUCUGUUUCCUCCCCAGGAUGAACCGCUUGCAUACAGCCUUGCGGUGGAUGCAAUGCCAUAUUUAGGUGCCUACUGUGAGCUCUCGCGCCUCUAUGAGCGCCGUGGAAUGCGCCUGUUUUCCACUGUCCCGCUGCGCAAAUCUCGAAUCCAGUCAUCUGUUCGGAUCGACUCUCUGAUCCUAGCCACCCAUAUCCUGGGCUUGAGCCGCCAUCGCAUGGGGAAACUCACCGAUCAAUGCAAGCGGGAGCUGUGGGGGCAGUUUCUCAACAUGAAUGACAAGGUCUUCAAACAUCGAAAGAAGCUGGGUCUCAAAUUUGAUGGGUCAAUCAGCACCAACGGGUAUUCCGUGACCAUCCACUUCAAGAAGCCAUCGCUCAAGUAUGGCCAUCGGGCGCGGAAGCGCAGCAAGGCCCAAAUGCGGGAAGAGGUCAAGCAGCUGUAUUUUGAGCACCACAUUGACGAAUUAAGGGAGGCUCCAAACAUCGUCUGCAUUGAUCCGGGCAAGCGUGAUCUCCUGUUCUGUCAAGACAUCAAGAAGGGGCGGCCAUUUCGAUACACAUCCAAUCAACGGGCGGUCGAGACAAAGUUGCGGUACUUUCGGAGAGACACGACAGAGCGGAAGAUCAAUGCCGGCGUUGCUGAGAUGGAAUCACAGAUUCCGUCGCACAAGAGCAUGAACAUCGAGGCGUUCUCCGCGUUCAUUGUGGAUCACAUACAUGCAGAUCCCGCCCUGGAUGAGUUUUACCAGGAUGAGAUUCACGUCGCUCGCAGAUUCAAGGCAUUCUCACUGCGGCAAAAGUCUGAGAGCAAGCUCAUCAAGAACAUGCGGCGCCGGUAUGGAAAGCAUUUUUCGGUCAUCUUGGGUGAUUGAAGCGAUGCUGGGAAAACGAUGCGCUUUCAGGAGUCAUCAAAGA